UCCAGAGGCCUGCCCGCAGAGCCAGGCCGAGAUGGGGAGACUGAGGCAGAUGGAUGGCGAGAAUGGUGCUCGAAGGAAAUCCUGAAGUGGGGUCCCCCCGAACCUCAGACCUCCAGCAUCCCGGGAACAAGGGCUCUUGUGUCCUCUCUUCUCCGGGUGAAGAUGCACAGCCGGGCGAGGAGCCCAUCAAGUAUGGCGAACUCAUCGUCCUAGGAUGCUGUGAGGAAGGAGGUGAGGAAACCGAGGCUCAGAGAGGGGAAGUGACUGGCCCAAGGGCACACAGCUGCUACAAUGGAUGUCUGGCAAGUGGGGACAAGGGCCGCCGACGAAGCCGCCUGGCACUGAGCCGCCGGCAGCAUGCCAAUGGAGUGAAGCCUGAUGUCAUGCACCACAUCUCCACACCGCUCGUCUCCAAGGCACUGAGUAACCGUGGCCAGCACAGCAUCUCAUACACACUCUCCCGGAGCCACUCAGUCAUAGUGGAGUACACACAUGACAGCGACACAGACAUGUUCCAGAUUGGCCGCUCCACGGAGAACAUGAUUGACUUUGUGGUAACAGACACGUCCCCUGGAGGAGGGGCCGCCGAGGGCCCUUCCGCCCAGAGCACCAUCUCUCGCUAUGCCUGCCGCAUCCUCUGUGACCGCCGGCCACCCUAUACUGCCCGCAUCUAUGCCGCUGGCUUCGAUGCCUCUAGCAACAUCUUCCUUGGAGAGCGGGCAGCCAAAUGGCGGACCCCUGAUGGCCUGAUGGAUGGCUUGACCACCAAUGGAGUCCUGGUGAUGCAUCCAGCGGGUGGCUUCUCUGAGGACUCAGCCCCGGGUGUCUGGCGGGAGAUCUCGGUCUGCGGGAACGUGUACACACUGCGGGACAGCCGCUCAGCCCAGCAGCGGGGGAAGCUGGUGGAGAACGAGUCCAACGUGCUGCAGGACGGUUCACUCAUCGACCUGUGUGGGGCCACACUGCUGUGGCGCACACCAGCGGGGCUGCUGCGGGCACCCACGCUGAAGCAGCUGGAGGCCCAGCGGCAGGAAGCGAAUGCAGCACGGCCCCAGUGCCCCGUGGGCCUCAGCACCCUGGCCUUCCCCAGUCCAGCCCGUGGCCGCACGGCACCUGAUAAGCAGCAACCCUGGGUCUACGUCCGUUGCGGCCACGUCCAUGGCUACCAUGGCUGGGGCUGCCGGCGGGAGCGGGGUCCCCAGGAGCGUGAGUGUCCUCUUUGCCGCCUCGUAGGGCCCUACGUGCCCCUGUGGCUGGGCCAAGAGGCUGGCCUCUGCCUGGACCCUGGACCACCGAGCCACGCUUUUGCACCCUGCGGCCAUGUCUGCUCAGAGAAGACUGCCCGCUACUGGGCCCAGACACCACUGCCCCAUGGCACCCACGCUUUCCACGCUGCCUGCCCCUUUUGUGGGGCCUGGCUCACCGGCGAGCAUGGCUGUGUCCGCCUCAUUUUCCAGGGGCCACUGGACUAGGCUCCCUAGGGCCCCCUGCUGCUGCACCUGCCUGCCCACCCAGGCCCCCACCUCCUGCAGCCCCAAGGGAGCUCUGCAUGUGGGACUCUACCUGCUGGGACAUAACCACACCAGACAGACAUGACAUGUUGGGUGGGCUAUGUCCCUUCCCCCAACUCUGGCCUCCAUGGGGGCCCUGAAGAUCUCUACCCAGUCACACUGAUGGGGCCUUCAGCACCAGCUCUGUCUUGGGCUGCUGAGGGAAGUCCAGCCCAUGCCCCUGCCCUUCCUGGGCGUCCCACAUCACGCCGCCUACACUGUGCCCUGGGGGAGUGAAGGAGCCAUGGACCCCUGACCCCCAGCUUAGGCUGGCUGUGCCCUGAGCCUGCCAACCCAGUUCCAGAUAUUCAUCUCUCCCACUGAUGCCCUGGGUUCCUCUAUAAACCUUGCUGCUCAGCUGCCCUCUCAAAUCCCACGUGUCCGGCAUGCAUGCAAUGCCUCCAGCCCCUGAAUGAGUGAUGGGUGGGCAGCAGGCUGGGACCAGCAUUUGCUGAUACCCACUGUGGGUUGGACUACAUGCCAAGUGGGCUCUGGGGACACGGAGACAAUCAGGCCUAGUUUCCCACCUGGGGGAGUUCACAGUCUAAUGGAAGACCAAAUUAUGAGGUGACAGCAUAAUUUCAUGUGUGUUAGGAUCAGAGCAUUAUCACAGGCCGUAGAGCAGUCCUCACUGGCGGUGGAAAAGAGGGAGGCUUCACGGAGGAGGUGGCAUAGGACCUCAGCCUCAGUGGCUGCCCAGAAUCCUCCAGGCCCACAGGAUGGGAAGGGUGCUGUAGGCAGAAGGAAGAGCCUGUGCACAGGCUCGGGUGUGAAUCACUUAGGGAACGGAGUGGCAGGGGCAGAGUGGCAGGAACAUGGGCCACAGUGGGGCAGAAAGAGGGUUGGAGCAAGAGGUUGGGGCCAUGCUAACAGGGGAUGGUGCUGGGUGGAGGAUUCUGAACCUCAUUUGUGGACAGUCAAGAGUUAAAGGAUGGGGAGAAGACUCGCGGUUCCAGAACAUUGGCUGUGAUACAAGGGCUACCAUUACUGAACGCCCACCGCGUGCCCCGCACUGUGCUAAUGAUAAUAAUAACUACCAGGCACUCACCAGGUACCAGGC